UAAUCUGUUUUUUUUUUAACAUAUACUACAGUGAGAAUUACCGCGUGUUUUCUUUUGAAGCUGUGAACACAAUGUCAUCAACUCUGGUCUGCAGGGAUUUCCAAAUGCUUUGCUGCUCUCCAUUAAUCACAUGAGCCUGCUGAAAUGUGAUUUAUUGUGUUCCCUCUAUGCAGGGUUCCCUGGUGCAAAACACACACAUUUGGCAAAUAAUAUAGAGAGAAUGUGAUUUUCCCCCAUCACAAGAUCGCCGUGAGCUGGGCGGGUGAACACAGCACUUCAUUAUACUUCACUAUAUUCAUUUAAGACUUGAGUUGGGCAAGAGCAACAAAUGACUGGUCUGUGAAGUCUUGCUUGGACAUGUGGGGGCAAAUCCGAGAGACCUGCAACGUAACUGUAUCUUGUUGCCCCUGUCUGCAAUAACAACAUAUUUUCUUCCACAGGGAACUCUCGUGCUUGUUUUUCAUUGUCUUAUUUUUCCUUUUCAUAUUAAAAACCCUUCGUUCAGAAGCUUAGAUAAACCAACAGAGACUGAAAUAUCCCAACUUUUAAUAAUAUACAACAAUCCAAAAUCCUACAUUGCAUGGUAAGUGCAAGACAUUUUUGACUUUUUUUUUUUUUUUUUAAGGAAAGUGUUCUACGGGUGUAGCAGUCUUACAUCAGUAUAAAAAUAUCAAAAUCAGUUCAGUAGAAUUUGAGAUUCUAAUAUUACACUCAAUCCUUUUGUCAAAACCUGGUGUCUGCACUACCCAAAUCAACUGUCUUAAAUGAGUGGGAGUGAUAUGCUAGUAGCUGAUUAACUGAAUUAUUUGUGGCCUCGCUGUAUUUGUCAUUUCAAACUGCUUCCUCAUGCAUGCAGUAGCUCUCCCUCAUACCAGUAUGUAGACUUUGAUGUGUAAAAACAUCAGAAUUCCACUUUAAUUCCACCUCCAGUGCUCUGAUUAGCUCAUUUGUUUUUCCAACUGCAGGAACAGCCAACUGCACCGGACCUAGUUGAGUUAAUGAACAGGUUAAGAGAUGUGGGCAGCGAUUCAGGUGUCUGGAACAAGACAACUUUUAGAGUUCCAGUCAAUGUAAAAUUAUAUAUUCAAGCCUUGAAGGCCAUGAGAACUUACUUUCUCAACUGCUUACAAAAGGUAACCUGCAUGAACAUACUGUUUUCUGUAAUAGUUUAAACAGCUCUGGGUAUUUCACGAGACAUUUUUUUUGUUGUUGUUGCUUUUUUUCUAGUUUUAAAUUGGUGGAGCUCUUCACCUACUUCUGUUUCCUUAUUCAGUCAGAAUGUUAGGCGUUACCAUUAUUAAUGUCAUAAAGACAGCAUUACAUAUGCAUACAAAGACCUUUGUGAGAAAUAGUUGAGUAGGUUGCUGAAUAAGAUGACCUUACGCUAGUCAAGUGUUAUCCCCUUUUAAAAAUGUGUAUACAGCAGAGUAAACCUCUGUUCCCUUCAGGCUGAUUCUGAUUGUUGACUGACAGAACAUCAAGCUGGCUAAUUCAGUGCAUUGAUUAUGUCAGUAAUCUGUCGUUGGUCCAGUUUAUCCGUGGAAAUUCCGCCUGCUUAUGCGUGUAGGAUUUGGUAGCAAAUGAUAUUAGACGCAGUGACAGUGGAACCCCUGCUACACUUUGACACACGCUAACCACCACCACCACUACACACACACAUAUGUAUAGAUGUGUACAUAUUUCUACAUAAAGUUGUGAUUUGACCCAUAUUGUUGUGGAUGACAGCAACAGUGGUAGUCCCCAGCCCAGCUGUGAGCAGUAGGCCAACCUAAUGCUCUUAUAUAAUGCUAAAUGAGGCUCUGAUCAGUUGCAUAAGCCAGUUAUAGGAUCAUGAUUUCAUUGGGGACUCUCCACUCUGUUCUGUUUUCAUUUGGUAUUCUCAGUGCUCCCCUUUGUCUUCCUCAACAGCGACCGCACCCCUGAUCCUUAGAGGGUUCCAAGCACCUGGCAACCCAUGUGGAAAAACACUGAAACCAUAUGUGGGUAUUUCCUGCGUCGUCCUGGUGAAUGUCUGCUGAGCUGACGCAGCUGGUGAAGCCGUGGCCGCACCGCAGAGAAGUGAAGUUGAGCAUCCUCCAGAUCUUCAUGUUGAGAAGACAGAAGAAUCAGACAUUCAGCUGAGCCAGCUGAGCAUCAGUGUGUGGCAGCAAGACUGGCUGAAUGCUUCAUGAUGGAAUACUUUAGGUCAGCAUUCCAGAGGACUUCCUCCAAAGCACAUGACCUAUCACACUCGCAUUCUUCAAUGCCACCAUUCUACAUUUGAUGGCAUUCUGGUGUCAGGAAAUAAAGUUUGAAUACAAGUGAAAAAUUAUGAAGCCUGACAGUCAAGCAAGGUGGAUAAACUGGUAGAAUUCACAUUUACAUUGAACCCAUUACUCAGUUAAUGAUUUAAUUCUGUAGCCUGGCUCAGGCAGACGCAUCCCACGUGUCUACCUGAGGCUGUCCUUCCGUUUUAUGGAGGCCUUGCAUAGUCGCCUGACGACUGGGGAGCAGACCGGAGGUCAAGAACAUUGUCAGCCAGAGUCUCCUCAGCGAGGCCCACAGGCCAAGUCUCCCUCCCAGCCUCGUCAGCAACAGAAAACCAGCUCCCCAAAGCCCCAUGGCACACAACAGCUGCCCAAACAGUCCAGAAGACAGAACCCUGAACGUAAACGUCUCAGGCACCAGCGGCAGAGCAUUGACUCAGAUACAUCACUGGACACCAAAAAUGAGGCAACGGCAGCAACAAAAGCCACUGGAGUUUCUAGUUUGUCAUCAGGAGUCCUACCUUCUGCAGCAGGGGACCAAUCCCAGUCUAAAGCAGAAACCCAGGAGGACACCCCAAAACAGAAACGUGAGCGUAAGCCUCAGAGGCCAGGCAAAUAUGUUUGCACUUACUGUGGCCGUGCAUGUGCAAAGCCUAGUGUCCUACAGAAGCAUAUUCGCUCCCACACAGGUGAAAGACCCUAUCCCUGUGCCCCAUGUGGCUUCUCCUUUAAGACCAAGAGUAACCUGUACAAGCACCGCAAGUCGCAUACCCACAGGGUGAAGGCAGGUCUGGCACUUGGGGAGCCAAAAUCUUUAGAGGAGCAAGUCACUGAGUCAGAGGAUGAAACACGACAGCUAUCAUCAGCUUCGUCUCUUACAGACAGACAAGGCAGUGUAGCUUCAAUCAAGAAUUGUGAAACAGAUGGGGCCAAAGACAGCACUGGACUAAACAAUGACUCCUACGCAGUUAAAAAGAGACUAGCCCUGCGUCUAAGUAGAGGAAAACAUGCUCCUCAAGACUCCUCUGAUGAAAAGACCUCGUCUUUAGUAUUAGGUAGUAGAGGCAGUACAGAAUCUGGCUAUUUCUCUCGCUCUGAAAGUACUGAACAGUCACAGGACAGCCCACCUAACACAAGUGCCAAAAGCUAUGCAGAGAUCAUCCUUGGUAAAUAUGGACGCCUCGGACACCUACAGAGGAUGUCUCAUCAACAUAACCAGCAUCCCUCUGGUCAGGAGGACAAAAACAUCUCAUUCACAGUGCCCAAGAAACAGGUCAUUGACCAUAUCACCAAACUCAUCACCAUCAAUGAGGCAGUGGUGGACACCAGUAAAAUCGACAGCGUAAAACCAAGGAGAUUCUCACUCUCCAGAAAGAACAGUGGGGAGUCUCAGAAGAGUUCAUGUAUAAAAGAAGCACUUAUUCAUAGCCCGAAAGCUGGUGAUCUGGGCUAUAAAAACAGUGGAUCUAUCACUAUGGGAGUUCCAUGUGAAAAAUUUCAUCAUCCAUCCUUAAAUGUGGAGCAGCCAGCUGGCCAAACAUCUACCGCCCCUCUGGUGAGAAGUCAUUCAAUGCCAUCUGCAGCUAGUUCAUUUGACUCCUCCAGUGGCGGCCCCAGCAAAUUCCGUCUAAGUCAUUCCUUUGAUGAACGGCAGCCAUCUGAAACACAGACUUCCCGUCGUUAUGGGAUGCUAAGACGGCAGCCUGCUAUUGAAAUCCCACUUGGUGCUGAACUUACUGAAGAGGAACAUGAGGGUUCUCAUUCAUUCUACUCUGACGUAACCACUGUGCCUGACCAUCAGCAAAGUCAACCACAGCCAUAUGAGUGUGAGGCCUGUGGCACUGGGUGCAAAGAUUGGGAAGGUUAUAAGAAACACAAGCAAAGCCUGUGCCUAGCACACCAUCCCAGAAAUGAAGUGGUAGUUAGUCAAAUGGAGUGCUCACAGCUAAUUAACCAUGCAGUUAGAGCAGGAUCGUCAACAAUGCGCAAAAGAAGGAAAGAGGAGAGUUUUGAAUUUGAUGACCCCUCCUCUCCUUCAUUACCCUCUCCUGCCCUCUUGUCAGGACAGUGUAAAGAUGAAAGCAGUGUAGCUUAUGAGGGCCCUAGAAGGCCUGCGCUGCAAACCUGUUCAGUAAUUCAACAUACUAGUUCAUUUGAAAAACAGGAAUCUUUGUGCAAUGAAAAUCAAAGUGCGGAGGCAACAAAGAACUCCCCACCACAUGAUGAUUAUCAGCUGGUGCCACAGAAACAACCCCAACAGCAGUUGACAAAACUAGCAGCCCGAAAACUGGUCCGCCAGCACAGUGUACAGGUUCCAGAAAUACUUGUGACAGAAGAUUCCAACAUGAGUGCAGAGACCUCAAUAGAGCCAACCUCCACAACAAAACAUUUAGAGAAACCUGAUGAAUUUCAGUGGCCACAGAGAAGCUCGUCUCUAGCACAGCUCCCUAUUGAAAAACUUCCUCCAAAAAAGAAGCGUUUACGUCUUGCUGAGGUUGCCCAGUCCUCAGGGGAAUCCAGUUUUGACUCUAUAUCAUUGCCCCGCAGCCCUAGUCAGGACAGUAGUGCAUCAUAUGCAUCCAGUCGUUCCACAUCAUUUGAAGAGCCAAAUAGGCCAGAUAUGGAGAUAGCAACGUCAACACCACUGAGGAGAUCAAGAGCUCCUCACAUGUUAACGGUGCCUGGGGUGCAUCAGCACAGAGAGAUGAGGCGAUCAGCAUCAGAGCAGGCCCCUCAUGACCCACAACCAAGCGUCCUAAUGGCUGAGACCCGCAGUAAAUCUUUUGACUACAGCUGCUUGUCCCCUGAGCGCUCAGCAGUUGGCUGGAGGGAAAGAAGAAAAUGUCUUCUUUUGAGACACUCUGCUAUCAGAGAUCCAGACGAGGAGGAGGAGGAGCUGUGCAACAUCCCGAGCCGUAGUCCUGAGCAUGUCAGCCCGAACAGGUCCUCUAAAACAAGCCCAACUUCUGUGUACUGCAGUAGGUCCUCUUCUUCUCCUUCGUCAUGUGACACAGUCUUGCGUAAUCCAGUAGGAUCACAAUGCAAAGAGAUCUUCUCUCAGUGGAAACUUCAUCAAAACAUUCAGCUAAUAGGCAGCACAGAACUGCCACUUGCUCAUGACCCAUCUGUAGGAGUAAAGGAGGAGGCCUCACAUAUCCAUACAGAGCAGCCCCUUCCUCAAGCACCACAGCCUUAUCCUACACACGGACCAUCUGGAGCAGCCAGAGCCCACUACCUUCCCAUGUCCACUGGGCUGAAGCUAGAGAUUCCCUUACAGCAUGAUGACUGUUCAGAGGUGCGAGUUAGUCACUCCCACAUACAGCACUCUGUCCCUCACAUCACUUCCAGUCUUGAAAUGCUGAGGCCAGUCACAUCUCCAGCAAUAGCGGUGCGUCUCCAAACAGACACCUUGACCCCAGCAUGUGCCAUUUAUACCACGUUGUCCCAGUCCACCUCUCCCAGGCCGCGGGAGGCAGUUGAUGCUGUCUCGCACAAUAUCUCAACAGCUGAAUACAGAAACUACAGGAACAUGAGUCCAGAUCUUCAGCUAUGGUCCGAUGAUGGCCUGAGAUUAUCAGGCUCAGGGGGCAAUAAGCGUAUGCUUUCUCCUUCGAACAGUAUAGAGCUCCCCCCUGAGUCACAACAGCAGCAGAAAAGGGUAAAAGAAGAGGAGGAGAGGGAGGUGGGAUGUGCUGACAAGGCAACAGUUGACACGUGCAAUCAGGAGCUCAAGCGGGACAGUCAGUCGUGUUUACCAGGUGUUUCCUCUCCAGUCUCACAUGUUGGACCUUCGUUCCCCAGUCUGCUGUCCAGCACCUGUAAUAGCUGGUGCUAUUUGAACUACAUUAAACCAAACCCCUCUGCUCUGGAUGAACAGAAGCCCUCAGUGUAUUCAUCGUGGUCUACUAGCGGCUAUGACCCCAACCCACCUGGCCUCUCCAGCAAAACAGCUCUCUCUCUGCUGCACUGUAAGCAGAGGCUCAGUCCCUCCAUCUACACUAUAUCACCCAUGUCAGUCCAGGCAACUGAGUCAGUGGAGCAAGAGGACAACAAAAGACCCUGCCUCACUGAGGUUUACGACAGCCAGUCACACCGCAGAGACCAUGAGGGAACGGGGAAGGGACAGACGUCAGCAGAUGACAACAGGUCAGACAGAAAGGAGGAGAAGGAGGAGGAGAAGACGCAGCAGCAUCAGGAGGAGGAGGAGAAAGUCCAGCUUUGCUCUAGAAAUAAACAACCUCCUGAAGUCUGGAUAUCUGAGAGCGGAUCAGGAAAGAAGUAUGGCGUAAUGCACAGUGGAGGUGGAAGGAAGUGUCAAAGUGAGGAUGCUGGAUUCCACUGCCAGAGUACUGGUGUACUUUCCACAGAAACACCACCAUAUAACUGUAAUCGCUGUAACAGCACUUUCAAAGCUAAAGGGAGCCUCACUGAACACCUGAGAUCUAAAGUACAUGGAAAAGAAACCUGCUGUUACCCAGAGGACACACGUGCAGGAAUCUGCGAAGACCAAUCCAUUCACCCAGACCAACAAAAACAUCAUCAAUGCUCUAUUCAGGGUGGAGAUCAUAAUGAUGUAAAGGACAAAGAUGGCAGACAUAAAGAAACCAGCAGGUCCACUGUGGCUGAGAGCUCUGACAGGGAGAAAGCUCAUCCAGGAGGCCAGCCAAUGGAGCCCGAACACAGCCCAUCCCUCCCAGUUAGCCCCAAGGAUUCUACCCACAGGGGCUCGGCUAGCGCCAGGAGGGCCCUGUUCGCCCGCAGACGCCUCGACGCUUCAGCAUCAGUGUCCUCUGGAGGCUCCCAUUCUCCAAGUACUCAUUCCCUACCUCCACAAAGGGAACUGUCUCCACCUUGUAGCCCAUCACCCAGACCUCGCCACUCCCCCACUCCCACUUCAUCAUCCCUCUCUCCAUCCAGUUGUCAUGUCUCCACUGCCCCCCAGAGACCAGUUUCCCCAGUUAGAGGCCUCUCUCCUGUUAUACUCCCAUCCCAGGGAAUGGACUCUUCUGGGCCUCCAGGGUCCCUGGCAGACACCUCUGCUCAGACUCUUCAUCCAAGGGGCCAACCAUCAACAGCAAGACUGUCUGUGGAUGAGGUCGGUCUGACCCACGUCACCCCACACCCCCCACGGCCUCGUGGAGCCCACAACCUCCUGAGCCACCUCCCUCUGCACUCACAGCAGCCGAGCAGGGCCCCGAGCCUCCUGAUCCCUAUUGGGGGGAUUCACAUGAUCCAGCCCAGGUCCCCACUCCCUAUGUACAAGCUGGUGAGCAGCCCCACAGCAGCCCCAGCUAACCCCGCGGGGACAGGGGCAUCCAGGAGAUUUAGCGACGCUCCGAAGGGAAGACUCGCUCUGCCGCAGCGCUGGGACGCUCUCAAAGAGACGUGGCCCGGCAGCCAAGCCAGCCCGCCACACCCUGGGGCAUCAGGGCAAAUGCCCGUGGGCGCUCGAUUGCACAGAAAGAGCCAAGGAUGCUUCAGCAUCCAGCAACCAUCGAGUCCCGGGACAGAGACGAGACACCCAGAGGUGAGCGGAGACGCACCUGUUGCAGAGAGGCGAGUUUACCCCGAGAACACCCAAGGCCAAAAAAAGGCUCCUUCCUCCCAGACGCAGCUCUGAUCGGAGGCAGAGUCUGAAGGGACAGUGCAAAAAGACUGAGGACCAGUCUGUGGGUAAGACGCUUCCACCACACUCUGGUUCAGAGUCUGAUGACAAAAGGCAAGAGCACUUGAGCACCGCUUCUGAAUGACGCUGUUAUGUAAUUAUAUGAAUAAUAUAUACAGACACUAUGUUAGAUAUGCAGUAUGUUUUGUAAAUCUUUUUUACCCUCUUGUUUGAUGUCAUCGGUGUUUAUUUAUUUAUGUGUUAUUAUGCAAAUUCUGUACUAUAUGCAAAAGCAGCUGGAAUGAAAAUAGACAAAGUUUUAAUCAAUUUCCCUAUUAACCCCGUUGACAGCUCUAAUAUACUAUUGCUGUGUUAAUGUACUGUAUUACCAAAAUGGAUAUAGAAAGGUACCACAAAUAUUUAUUCACCCUGACCAGUAUUUUGAAGUGCAAUUUUAUGUCAACAUUGUGGUUUGAAAUGUCAUUCUUAAAGGCUGUGAUUAUUAUUAUUAUUAUUAUUAUUAUUAUUAUUAUUAUUAUUAUUAUUUGUCUGAUUUUUGUUGUUGUCUUUGUGUUAAAAGAAGCAGGGUUACGAUCAGCUCCUUUCUCUAAGAUCUUUAGGAAAUGAAGCUUCGGAUCAAGACAUUUGGAGUGCACUGACAAACGAUUUGAUAUCCAGUGGAAACCUGUUUCACAUAACAUGGUAGCUACGGUGCAGUUUUUUUCAUAAACAGAUACAUGUAUUUUUGUGUUGUUGCUUUUCUAAAUGAUACAAUCACUGUCAUUUUCAUGUUUACCAUUAAACUUCUCAUUUUUACAGAUUUAUAUUAAAA